AUUAAAAAAAUUGGAUUGAAGAAGUUUUUCCUUCUCCAGCAAAGUAAACGCGUUUUGUGAAUAAUUUCGUUGUGCAAAAGUUGGUUGCGUGUGUUAUAGCGGAAAAGAAAACCAUCUUCCUCGUCACCAUGAAUGCAUUCGGCGAUAAUUUCGAACAACAGUCGGAAGUCGACCCGGCGGCCGAGUUUUUGGCCCGCGAACAGAACGCCCUCGCUGGACUGGAGGAUGAAAUUCCGCCCGUGGCUGGUGCAGCAACGAUGGACACGAACGGUUCCGUCAAUGGUGAUCCCGUACCGAAAUCAGAAUCGACAGGACUCGAAAACGAGCUUAAUGGAAGCUUUGAAAUGAUCAGUAAUGCCGAUGCGCAAGAUCCGCCCACUACUGCCGAUAAUUAUCACAACACAGAAGAUGAUAAUGAUGAUUUUGCAGGCUUCACAGUGCCAAAGCAGGUGACGGAGGAACCGGAAAAGAUACGCAAAUGGCGCGAAGAUCAAAAGGCGCGGCUCGAGGAGAAGGAUCGCGAGGAGGAGCGCAAGAAGGAUGAGCUGCGUGAACAGGCCCGCAAGGAGCUGGAAGAUUGGUACAAACAUCACGAGGAAACGAUCUCGAAAACGAAAGCCGCCAAUAGGGAAUCGGCCAAAAACGCCGAAAAACAGUUCGUGGCUGAGACGGACGAAAUCGAACCGGGCACCGAAUGGGAGCGGAUUGCAAAACUCUGCGACUUUAACCCGAAAACGAACAAAUCGAGCAAAGACAUCUCUCGCAUGCGUUCCAUCAUUUUGCAGCUGAAGCAAAACCCAAUCCAGGCCACCAAGAAGGUUUAAACGUGCCUGUGAAGGCGAACACUACGGCAUCCCCCUGGUCUGGCACAGCAUCACCAACAAACACGGCACUCUUCGGUUGAGGGGUUAAUUUGGCAGAGGGAAAAAAAGAUUAGAUCAUUCAUGAUGAUCGAUCGUUGGAAAACUGCAAGGUGCAAUACUGCUGCUAGGAAGGAAAGAUGACCUUGGUGGGCAGAAGAAUAUAGAAGAAGAGUAAAGGAUAAUCCUUUAACAUGCAUACAAUACAAUAAUGGAAUUAUUGCGGUUAAUAUAAAUAAUAAUUAUACAGACGUAGUAUCACCGAUGUUGCAAGAUAUAUAAAAACGAUCGCUGCAAGUCGUGUGAAUGCUAAUAGUGAGCAAAAAGAAUAUAAUAUGGUAUAUUUAUAUUAUACGCUGUAUAAGUAAACAGAUUAAAGCUAAACACAGAAUUCCUCUCACGUUAGGACUUACAAAACGCGUAGACAAACACGAAACAUUCAUAUGCGGCAAAGCAGUUAGAGAUAAAGAGAUACGAAUGGUGAAAUAAAUGAAAAACUACUGUACUGAA